CCGAGUGCGAUUGAGUCCACGACGGAGGCUAGCAGUUUUGUGAAAGACCCACCACUGCGCGUCAUCCUUCUGGAACGUCCCUGGCCAGCUUCGAUGACCCUCAACGUCAGCGAAGACGUGCUACUAGACAUACUCACCUAUCAUCAAGUCCCGGUCCACUUUCUGAGCUUCCUCACGAGCGGCGGCGGGGCAUGGAGUUUCGCCAGUAGCAUGCGCUUCGCAGGGUUCGUCGGCUGCUCGACGCUCCCGCCUCAGAAACGACAGCCGAGCCUCGUGGGGCUGGGCCGCAGCGGUACGCAUGUGCAAGUUUGCCUCACACUCUUCAGCAUCCGCGAAUACCCUCUUCACGCGUUGCCCAAGGAUACAGACCCUGCCCGGACACCUCGGUGGGAGACGCAUACUGCCGUAGCAUAUCUUCACAUGGACUUUGUGGAGGGCACUGCGGUCUGGCUCCUUGGGGUCCCGAGGUGCUAUCAUGCAGAGAAAGGGAAAGGCACGCAGAAUCUGCUUUGGGAUACGUUGAGAGACGGUCUGGCAAGUGAUUUGGCCGCGCUUGCACGCUUCGACGUCCACGAGCGCGUCCGUGUCAGUCUAAGCUGUCUCCUUGCCGUCGCCCGCUGGUCUGUCGGAAUGUUCUCGCAUCACCUCCAAGACACGGAAAGACGUCUUUCCGAUCUAACAAAGCCGUACGUGUACCCUUUCGAUGACGACGACGACGACGACGACGACGACGACGACAACGAUGACGGGCCCCGAGAAGCAAUACACGCCCAGGACCUGCGAAGGAUGGCCUUUCUGAUGGAAUCUCGGCAUGAAAGCGUCAUGCGAGUCGAGAAUAACCUUCGGGUCCUCCAAACCCUACGGAGCUUCUUCGUCAACGAGGCAUUCAAAGGAGCUGACAACCUAGAAAAUGGCCAAGCCAAUGGCAUUCGGAGGCAUAUCGAAGACUUUGCAGACGAUUUGGCGGUUAUAAUCGACGAUAUCGAGGACUUGCUGGACCGAGCGCUAGCUUUGGACAAGCUCGCCAGGAACCGUGAAGAAUACAUCCAACGGUUGCAAGCGCACCAUUCGAGUCAACAAACGAAAAAAAUCGCAGAGCUGACAGCAGACGACUCGUCUGCGAUGAAGAAACUUACAUUCAUUGCCCUAGUUUUGUUGCCAGUCACGGUAGUAUCGGCUGUUCUGAGUACGGACAUUGUCAAGUUUCAGGGCCUUGCGAACGAAAACGAGAAGAAUGCCACCGAUGAGACGUCUGAGGACUCCGUGCCGAUGUUCAGCUUCUCGGUCGCGGCGUUCGGCACGUGGGCCGUUGCGAGCGUGCUCAUGACGAUGGCGACGCUGGUCAUUGUCAAGCCGAUAGGCAGUCGUGAGCGGCGCAGUAAACGGCAGUGUCGGUGGGGGCGGUAGUGGCAAAGUUGACGUGGUCGCAUACCCACGUACCAGGGCAAUGUAAGUAAAGAGAGGGGGUGACGUUGUAUACAUGGAAGUCUCGAGAUAUCUUCAACUCGGCCGAUAUGAACAGAGC